UGUGUUCGAGAGCGACAGUGGCCCCCCAAGCUCAGGCCAGACUUGGUCACAAGAAAACAAAAGAGUCAGUUGAAAGUGAUCGUUUUUGUUUAAUAUUAAGCUAAAAAUUCAAAUGAAAUCACAGUGUACUAAACAAACUCGAUACCAAAAGUGUUGUCAUUAGCAAUUUUUAGAAAUUAACACGUAAAACAAACUUGUAAAGUGCCUAUCGAGUUUUUCUUGUGUCGUAGCAGCAGCAGCCAAUAAAGAAACAAAAAUUUACUAGAUCGCUGAAUUGAAUAUUCAUCAACAACAUAAUACCUAAUACGUGAUUUUACCAACAUUGUUUGACUAAUUGCGUGGUGAGUAGAAACUGACAACUAAAUGGCUGGCUUUGAGUGCUGUCCAGAAAAUUGAAGUUGCCAUUAUUUUGACAUAACAACCUGUUGCCAACUUGAAAACAAUCACAUUAAACACAAACAAAAAGGAGUAAAGAACCUAUUUGAAAAUUGAAUGAGUGAAGUGUUGUUGUGUGCGCUUUGGACCGACAUUGAUAAGAUUAAGGAGACGACGAAACAAUAAAAACAAUUUCAACGUUUCGUGUUUUCUGAAGCAACUAGAGAUAGCGAGAAGCUUCCGACGAGAAAUGGAAAGCUGGGCAGAAGCUUUGGCCAUGAUGACAACGACGGAGCCACUUUUGCUCCGCUCGGAAGUCAAGAAGGAGGAGUCGGACCUCCAUCACCACCACCACAUGUGCGGAAUGGACGACUGUUCGCCGGCCGAUAGCUCGCUCUACUCACCCACCACUACUGGACUACAACUGGAGCUGGAAUUAAGCCAAGAAGAUGAGGCAGCCAGCGGAGGAUUGGGCAUCGCAUCGGCCUUGACUGCCAAUCGUAACGGAUCCUAUCAGUCGACGACGUCGCCAUCGAUCGCCCGUUCCCUCUCCAGUCCCGACGAGCUCCUGGACAGUCCUCCUCCUCCUCCGUCCGAUCACCGCCGUUCCUCCAUUACCGGCAAGCAGCAGCAACAUUUCAUCUGCUCGUCGACGACCAAUCGAGGCGCCGCUUCGGCACCCAACAAUUUGGCCGCACGGUCCAUCCACCGCAUCCAGGAACCAAAUUUAGCAGCCGAAGAGACUGACAUUUCAACCGACAUAUCGCCCUUGUCGAAUGGACUGUGCCGUUCGAUCUCCCGUUCCUAUUCGAGUCCAGAGCCAGAAGAUGGUGCCGAUUUGGAUGGUAAACAGUACGUCCAAUGUUCUUCCACAACGGCACCAGUUGCCGAUGAGUUCCCCAAUCGCCACCGAACAGCUCAGAACGAUAAUUUUAAAGACGAAGACGCUCCUAAACGGCUGUGCCUCGUAUGCGGCGAUGUGGCGUCGGGUUUCCACUACGGAGUAGCCUCGUGCGAGGCGUGUAAAGCCUUUUUCAAACGAACCAUCCAAGGGAACAUCGAAUACACGUGCCCGGCCUCGAACGAUUGCGAGAUCAAUAAACGCCGGAGGAAGGCCUGCCAGGCCUGCCGUUUCCAGAAAUGCAUCCGGAUGGGCAUGCUGAAGGAGGGCGUCAGGCUGGAUCGCGUUCGCGGUGGAAGGCAAAAGUACCGGCGCGUGACGCCGUACACAACAACCCCAACUUCGGCCAAUUCUGGAACGCAUGCCGGAUCGACCGAUACCAACAACGUCAAUCCCCACCCCGUCAAGAAAGUAUCGCUCGAAGAUAAUAAAAUUCUGAGUACGUUGGGACAGUGUGAGCCCGAAAUGUUGACGACGAUCGACAUGAUAUGGCCCGAAGGCGAGGCUUCCAGUAUGGAACCUUCCUUGCGGAUCCUUUGUACGUUGAGCGAAUUGUACGACAGAGAAUUGGUUGCUGCCAUUGGCUGGGCUAAACAAAUUCCAGGAUUCCUGGAAAUGCCUCUCAACGAUCAGAUGAGGCUGUUGCAGACGAGCUGGCCGGAAGUACUGAGCCUGUCGCUGGCCUUCCGCUCCAUCCCGAUGAACAGUACCAAUCCGAAAUUGCAAUGGUCGGCUGACUUUAGCAUGAACGAAAAGGAAGCACGCGAAUGCGGCAUGGAAGAGCUCUUUUUCCAGUGCGUGCAAAUAGCCCAGAGACUAGAACAGUUAUCCGUGACCCGUGAAGAGUAUUACCUCUUGAAGGCUCUAGUGCUGGUCAACUGUGACGUUCGAGUGGAGAGCAUGACACACGUGAAGAAGUUGAGGGAAACCGUCCUAGCUGCCCUAGCCGAUUGUUCGACUGCUUUACGACAAGGAAAUGGAGCCAACCAGCAAAUGCAGCAUUUGCUGCUUUGCAUGCCGUGCAUACGGCAAGUUGAUAGCUUGUUGCGACGAUUCUGGGCACUUGUCCGGCGUGACGCACGAGUUCCAAUGAACAAACUCUUUUUGGAAAUGUUGGAAUCACCCUUGAGAUGAACGGAUUUUGUCGGAGGUCCAAAACAAGUCGAAAGCAUAAGAAAGAGGGAAAUGAAAAAAAAACACCCACGAUAACUUCCCUCUACAUAAUCAUGGUGUUAUCCUUUUUUCUAAACGAAAAAGGAUAGAAAAGACAAAAAAAAAAUGUAUAGUUUAUAUAUACACUUUCGCAUGUUUACAGCAAGACAUAUACACACACAUACACACAAAUGUUGUUACCCCUUCCCCCCUGUUGUUGCUGUUUUGGGGAGCAAUAUCUUCAUGAGUGUUGCACGCACAGAUGCACUUGCUUCGUGCCGGUCUCUCACUUCAUGUCUGUGUGUAAAUACCUUUGAGCUCUGCGGCGCGUUCUCAAAAAAAAGUAAAAAAAAAAAUUAUUAAUAAUAAUUACAUGUGAUGGUAAACAAACGUUGUUUAAUCUGCAACAAAUAAUAAUAGAAAAAAAAAAUAAUAAUAAAAAAAUCAACCCAGCAUCUCCCUUGCAUCGACAAAUACUGAAACCAAUCAUCAUGACACCACCCAUAUAUCCCCCCACCACCUGAAAUUGUUGGCGCUAUACAAUAAUGAAGUUAUUACCACGGGCUAUGCAACAGUGACUGAUCUGACUGAUUUCCCCUUUUUCUAUUUUUUACACUCGUGUAUCUUGGUUGUUUCAAAAAUCACCCUUUUCGACUCUCUUUAUAAUGCGUCUAUUUAUUUUAUACCACAUUUAUGCAGUUGUGUGAGUGUAUGUGUGUGUGUGUGUGGGUUUUAUUUAAAUACUGUCGUAGUCGAAAUCGUUGCGCGUGCUUUAAACUUUCAUUUUUUUUUCUCACCUUCAUCUCAUCAUAAUAAAAAUGUGAAAUAUUCAAGGAAAUAAGGAAAA